GUCCCGUCCCGUCCCGUCCCGUCCCGUCCCGUCCCGUCCCGUCCCGUCCCGUCCCGUCCCGUCCCGUCCCGUCCCGUCCCGUCCCGUCCCGUCCCGUCCCGUCCCGUCCCGUCCCGUCCCGUCCCGUCCCGUCCCGUCCCCAUGGGGCGGGGGGGCCCCGGUGCCGUGCUCAGCGGGCCCGCAGGUGUGCUGGUGCCGGGCAGCGGGGACCAGCAGGGCUCGGGCGGGCCGUGGCAGCGGUCCAAGCAGGAAGUCCGGCGGUUUGUGUUUGCUUUCGGUUAUUUCAGCCUAAACGGCUGCUGGCGCCCCGUCAGCAGGCUGGAGGGUGAUGGCGGACCAGGAGCUGCUGAAGGUGCGGGCGGACUUCGUGGAUCGUGUGAGGAAGCCGGUGAUCUCCAAGCUUCUGGAUGACCUCCUGGCCCACAAGGUGCUGAGCCAGGCGGAAGUGGAUGAGGUACAGGAAGGCAACGCAGUGACAAGCGACAAGGCCCGUUGCCUCGUAGACACUGUGCGCCUGAAGGGCUCGAAGGCCAGCAAGAUCUUCAUCGACAGCCUCAGGAAGCAUGAUCACACCUUGGUGGAGCAGCUGGGCCUAGCCACUGGCUCAGGGUCCCCUGGUGUGCAGCCCCCCGUUAGCAUCCAGGGCCAGCAGUGGAUCCGGCAGUGCUCCUUAAGCGAGUACCAGCGCAUCCAGGAGGCGGAGGGAAAUCAGAUCUAUCCCAUCCACUUGCCACGGGAGACACGAACCCGUAGGGCCCUGCUCAUCUGCAACACAGAGUUUGAGCACCUCAGCCAGCGGAAGGGGGCUGAAGUGGAUGUGAAGGAGAUGACGAAGCUGCUGGAGGGGCUGGGCUACAGGGUGGACUUCCAUGAAAACUUAACUUCCCAGGAGAUGGCCGUGGUCAUGAAGGAUUUUGCAGGUCACAAAGAUCAUUUGACCUCCGACAGCACCUUCCUGGUGUUCAUGUCCCACGGACGUAGGACUGGGCUCUGCGGGACCAAGAGCACAGAUGAGACCACAGACAUCCUUUCCCUCGACACCAUCUAUGAGAACUUCAACAACAAGCACUGCGAGGCGCUGAUUGGCAAACCCAAGGUGGUGGUUAUCCAGUCCUGCCGCGGAGACAACGUAGGGUUGGUGCUGGUGUCCGACUCAACCAUCCCUGAGGUGCCUGCUCUCAGCUCAGACAGCAUGAACACUGCAAUGCUGCAAGGCAGAAAAGUCAGAAUAAUUCACCUGGAGAGUGAUUUUGCCACUUUAUAUUCCUCCACACCUGAUACUGUCUCCUGGAGAAGCCCAGUAACAGGCUCCCUUUUUAUCCAGAAACUGGUAGAGCAGUUUCGAAACCAUGCCUUUAACAGUGACUUGCAGGAGUUGUUCCGAAAGGUCCAAUGUUCCUUUGAAAACUUCCCUCAGCAGUUGCCAACACAAGAAAGGACUACGAUGCUCAGAAAGUUCUACCUCUUCCCAGGCCACUGAUCUGCCUGCCUGCCAGCCUGUGAAGCAAGCGUCUCCCCAGCCAUGACAGAUCCCUGAGAGCCACUUCCACCCCGUCUCUGACUCCCCUGUCAUCUAAUAAAGGGUUUUUAACAUCA